GCUCGGAGCGGAGCAGGGUCAGGAUGGACGAGGACGUGCUGACUACGCUGAAGAUCCUCAUCAUCGGCGAGAGUGGGGUGGGCAAGUCCAGCCUGCUCUUGAGGUUCACAGAUGAUACUUUCGAUCCAGAACUUGCAGCAACAAUAGGUGUUGACUUUAAAGUGAAAACAAUUUCAGUGGAUGGAAAUAAGGCUAAACUUGCAAUAUGGGAUACUGCUGGUCAAGAGAGAUUUAGAACAUUAACUCCCAGCUAUUAUAGAGGUGCACAGGGUGUUAUAUUAGUUUAUGAUGUCACAAGAAGAGACACCUUUGUUAAACUGGAUAAUUGGUUAAAUGAAUUGGAAACAUACUGUACAAGAAAUGACAUAGUAAACAUGCUAGUUGGAAAUAAAAUUGAUAAGGAAAAUCUGCAAAAACCUGUGAUGGUGUACAAUGUGCCUUUGAGGAACUUGUUGAAAAGAUCAUUCAGACGCCUGGACUGUGGGAAAGUGAGAACCAGAAUAAAGGAGUCAAACUGUCACACAGGGAAGAAGGUCAUGGAGGAGGAGCCUGUGGUGGUUAUUGUUCUGUCUUAUAAACUCUGGGAAAUUCUAUCUCUUGCAUAUUUGAUCAGAUAAUGACAUCUUUCUGUAUAUAAACUCUUUAACUACUAUUUUAGGGACCUUGCAGUUUGCACAUAAUUGUUUUGUAUCAUGGCAGUAAAUAUUUGCAAGAAAUCCCAGUCAUCGGCUUUCCCAGGUAAAAUGUUAGGGUAAGCAUGCACAGUUUGCAGUCUAUAGUUUUUUAUGUAACAUAAAAUAAGUGUACCUUUAUAAGUACAUCUGAUUUUAUGAUUUACAUUUAUCAUGUAAUUUAAAAAAAAUCCAUCUAUUUAGCAUAUGUUGAUAUAAGGUCUACUUUUGGUCUCUUUUUGCUUAAAUACUCCUAUCAAUUAUUGAAUUACCUGAUGUGUAGAACUCCUAGGACCACAGGAGGUAUACAGGUAUCAUCAAACCUGGCAAAUUUCCUUUCAGAAAUAGCAAAAAGCAUGAUUCCAUAGCUUUCUAGGGUGUUUGAGUCUCUUUUAGUACUAAGCAAAAUCUUCAUUACAGAAUGUAGCCCAGGCCAAUUAUAAUUAAAUCUCUGUUUGUUCUGAUGAUGCUUCUAAAAUAGCAUUGAUAUGUUAAAGAAGGUUGGUAUUACUUUUUAGUUUACUUCAAUGUUUAUCUCAGUUGCUUAACUGGAGUUUUAAUCCUGUGAUAUAUGUACAUUGGAUUAAUGACCCUUUGUGCAGCAUUUCUAGUUAAGUGGUGUUUGGCAAAAUGGUAAUAAGGUUUUACCCCAUUUUGGUUUCACAAGGAUAUAAACAGUGUUUAUUGUAACUCCUGUAGUGCUUUUCACUUUUAAAACCAACAACUUUUUUCAUAAAUGUUG